AUGCAUCAACAACAUCCACAUCCACAUUUUCAACAUCCGCAACAUAAUAAUCAUCAACAAUUUCAACCGCGCCGAUCGAUAUCUACAGUAACUAGACCGAAUCGAGAAGUUAAUCAAUUUUAUCAACAUAAUUUUCCACAUAAAGUAAGUUCAAUUUUUGAUUGGGUUGAGAAUAACUUUUAAGUGAUUUAUGGAAAUUUCUGAUUAAUUUUACGGACUUUUGUUGACGUUGAAACUAAUAGAGAAAAUCAAGAUUGGUUUCAAUUAACCUGGCUCGAUUUCUGAGGGUUUUCAAAUUUAAUUUCAUUUAAAAAACUAUGAACUUCUGAAUUUGUCCAGAUUGACAAUUUUCAAACAAAUCCCUGAUCCAAUUCAAAACUCCCAAACCCAGUUGGCCCGAUUUCAGGAAUCUUUCUGAAAUUUGAAAUUUGUGAACCUGACUAUACUUUUCAACAUCAGCUCCAAAAUUGUGACAUUUUUGAUUUAUUCUUCCGCUUUUUUUCGCUCAUAAAUUUCCCAGCUUUUUUUUGUCCGCCAAAAAUAAUGUAAACAAUUAAAAGUACGAAAGAAAAUUUUCGAAAAUAUUUUUGGGAACCAAUCACUUGUAGUACUUACAGAAAACAAGAAAAUAACAUGAAUUCUUGUUAAAAUAUUUUCUUGGGUGAAUACAAAUACGUAAUUUUUGUUUUCGAUCACCAUAAACCAAUAGUGCAAUUCUCUGGAGUUGUUUAUACGUUCUGUUCUGAUCUUUUCCUCUCUCUGUACUCUUCUCAUUUUUCUCAACAGCGAAAAAAAAUGAAAACCCUCGGGGGUUUUCCUUCGUUCAGCAGUUUUGUGACGCAAAACAAAUCUUAUGGUGGACUUAUUUACAUUGUGUUCUUUUUUUUCAGUAUCAAAACGGGAAUGCUGAAAUCGCGGCAGCGACGGAAAUGUCAAAUCGUCCAUCAAUCAUGUCAGGACAAUCGAAUUUGUCGAAUCAGAUUCAGGUUAGAGAUUUUUGUUUCAGACAGGGUCUUAACAUUUUGGCCGUGUUUCUCAAAAAUGAUUUACUAGCAUACACAGCUUAAGGGCGUCCGGUCCGCGGCGGACCUGUGACAGACCCGUAAAACACCCGUGGGCAAAACACCUGUGACAGGUCUGAGACGUGUCGAUUUUGACCUGUAGCCCCACCUGUGAAUGACCCGUAAAAGACCUUUUUUCUACUUUUCGGUUGACCAAUUACAAUUUUUUGAAUCAAUAAAAAUUUAUUAGAAAAUAAAAAAAAAAUCAGAAAAACUUAUUUUUCAUGGUCUUUCCGAUGCAUCUCUUUGAUUUGCGGGGAAGUUGGGUGCGGUGGCAGUUGGAGUAGGUUUUGUCAUUUAAUAGUAAAGGCGAUAUGGUGCAAUUCCUUGAAUUCACAAUUCUUGGUGAGACCAAUCUGUCGCUCAUUUCGUCGUGAGAGAAGACUGUGUCAGCUGGAAGUUGCUUCUCGAAGUGCUCACAAGAAAAGUCCAUCUUUUGGGCAAAGGUUCCUCUGUUGAUUUGAAUUUAGACUGAAUCAGUCUUCUUUUGACGGCGGUUGAGGAACUUCAUCUGAAAAUAAAGAACCAUUAGAAUCUGACUUUCUUAUUUAAGUUAUCAAACCUGCGUGUGAUCAGUGACAUGGAUAAACGAUGCUUUUGAGCUUGUUGAAGUCGGAUUCGAUGAGUUUCUUUCCAUCUUGAUCUUGCCAUUCUAACACAGUUAUUAAUAUCCUUGCUUUUGAGGCAGUCUAUAAAUUUAUAUUACGAUUACGUACAUUAGUAAAUUAUAAGUUGUGACGAAUUCAAGAAUCAAGAAACGGCAUGUCAUCAAAAUUUUCAACUCUAACAGGGAACUUCCGAGAAUAAUUUAUUAAAAUUAGCUAGAAUUGAGUGAAACUGCGAAAUAUAUUCGUUCUACUAUUUGAAAAUCGAAAAAUCAACGAAAAUGAAAAAUUAUAUUUCCAGGUCUAAAUUCCUGUUUUAUGAAUAAAUUUUCAAGUUCUAAAGAAAUUUGCUGCUUGCUCCUAGGUGGGCAACAUGGUUUAUACAUGUUUCGCAGCUUCAAACACUUAAUUUCUCGAUAAAACGUGGAAAACACAAAAAAAACGAAAAAAAAGAAAAAAAUCCGCGGUGUGCAUUUCGUCCGAGAGAAGUACACACACACAUAUCGCUGCAGGACCUUUUCAUUUAAUUGCAUGCGCCUUUAAUUUUUUACCCUUUAAAACCAUUUUGGUGGUAAAUGGUAAAUACCAUUCGACGCAGAAUUUCGAGCUGAACAAAAUGAUUAUAAAUUCAUCUUGUGUUUUGACCGAUUUUCAAUUUUUAGGUUUUUGGUCGAUUUUAUUUUAUUUUGCUGAACUUCACUCAGCCACAUCAUAAAGAGUUUUCGACCCCGCUGAACAUUUCUGAUCAAAACGUCGACAUCCUAAAUAAUGAGCCGGAAAUCGGAAAUUUUCGAAAGAUAAAUAUUUUUUGGAAGCCUACAACUUAUGUUAGAAAAUUGCUUAGCAGCUCUGAGAAUCGGUCAGCAAAAGUGGAAACGGGUUCUUUCUCAGAGUUGAAAACUAUCAAGUGAUUGAUCUCUCAUUGAAAAUGUCUCAGUGAACACACUCUUCCCUGUCGCACUGGUCCACGAUUCUUCUGAUUUUUUUUUCAUUUUUUCAGUUAUUGGUCAAAAAUGAAUCAACUUUCCUACGGGUCAUUCACAGGUCAUUCACGGGUCAUUUCACAAAUUAUUCCCUCAACUUGAAAAACUACCCACAAAAGACCUGUAGAAGACUUUUCAAAAUACUUGUAGAAGACCCGUAAAUCACCUGUACAAGGGAAAAACACAAAGUAUCUGUAAACGACCUGUGAACCACCUGUGGUUGACCCACGGAAGACUCGUAAAACACCUUUGAAUCUUGUCGGUCGGUUACAGGUCUUUCGCGGAUCGGACGCCCUUAAGCUGUGUAAGUGUCUCAAAUAACCGAGUCUAGAUCUGAUUGUGCAGGACCCACGUCUAUAUGUUCACUCUAACAAGGCGCCGAGCUUUUGAAAGUUGCAGUGUCAAGUAGGAAACUCUAGAAAUCCUAGUCGUCAAGUAGCCGGGCCUAAAGAGAAGGCUCACCCAGAAAUGCAUUUUUCUUCUUGAAAUUGUACUCUGGUUCGGCUAGCCAAAGUGUGUAAAGAUUGAUCACUUUUUGUCUAUAGUUUGAAUUUGAUCCUCAAGAAAAAUAAACAAAUUGGCUAGUUUUUUUUCGGGAAGAAGAAGUUCAACACACAUUUUUUGUUCUUUUGAUGAGGACGAAAAAAAGAAAGUAUCAUCAUUGUCAUAAAAGUUUAAUUAAGAGGGGUCAAAGAAUGUUUCUUUUUUUGCAGCACAAAGAUACAUUGUCGUUCGAUCCAAUUCGAUUUUCUCCACCAAAUGUCACCCCGCCACCAUCUUUUCCAACAUCAACAAUGCAACAGGUGAAUUGAGUUUAUGUAAUCUGAGCACUGUUUUUUUCUUGCCGCUGCUUCAGAAUCAUACAUAAAUAGAAGUUUAUUUAUAAAUAUUUUUCAGCAGCAGCAAGAAAUGUUGAUGACACCAUCGACAUCUGCAAGAAACCGUGUGAGAUUUGAUGAUUUACCAAACUAUCCACAACCCAAUUACAAUCAUAUUCCACCAAGGAAGUGUAGUUUGGCUCCCAAUUUUUUCUCAGCCAAUCAAUCGCAUCACAUGUAUCCAGAUCAAUAUGUGAGUUUUAUCAAGGAGCUGGGGAAAUUGGCUGAAAAUUCCGAGCCCACAUAACUUCUCAAAAACAUACUACUUUUCUCUUCAACUUCCGGGUGUGAAUAUGACAUUUUCAAAGUUUUUCGUGUCAAAAAUAGAAUAUGUUUAGAUUCUGACUGAAAAUCUAUUAGACAGGGCUUAAUUAUCUCAAAGUACAAAUACGUUAUUAAAAUAAGAACUACAAUUGUCAAUUAUCAAAACAGGUCUUGUCUCAAAAAUUUUUUAAAAAAUGAGGGUUCCAAAUUUUCGGAAACGUGAACGUGAACUUUGGAAUUUCCAACUUGGAACAUUUGUCAUUUGUUAUUUCCAAAAAAAACUAUCAGAACCUCUUGUGAUGUUUUUGUUUUCAAAUUGGGUACAAUUUUCUUGAAAGUGAGUUUUUUAGUCAACAUUCACGAAAGUGUUUUGUAAAGUUUCCCACACGAAGAAAAAAUAUUGAAGGAGCAGGUGCAAAAGUCAAUUUUUCUUGAGAUUGGUUAAAGGCGGCCGAAUCGACAGAGUUUUUUCUUGAAUGUUUCGAGAAAGUUACGUGGAAAAAUGUUGUGAUUUUGAUUGCUAAAACACUUUAGUGAUACAGUAACAUGAGAAAUGUGGUUUUAUAUAGAACAUUUUUGUUAUUCGCCACGUCAUCUUUUUUUGGAAGUGAAUUCAACUGAAUUUCAAUCAAAAAUAGAUAGAAAAAUUGCGUGAAUUGUGCCUGAUGAGAUUUUUGGAAUUUUUUGUGAGCCUUCGAGUUCUUAUAUCUACAAAUCAAGUUUUCAACUCAAACGCCAGCAGAAAAAUUAAAUUCAGAUUCAGGCACAUUUUUGGAGUUAUUGGUUUGAUUUCUGAAACGAAUUUUCCCAACUGAAAUUUGCAAUUCUUCCAAUAAAAAAUCGAAACACUCAUAUUCCACACAAUUUUAGUUUUUUGAACAUUUCUCAUUUAGUCGGGCUCACUUUUCAUGCUCGUAGAGCUCUUGACAGCUGAAAUUUCUCAUAUAUAUUUGAUCAGUUUAACCCUCUGAAAAUAUUCAGAUUAUAAUAUGGUAGGUUGGAGGGAGAUCUGAAAAUGUCGCUGAAUUUUUAAAUGACAUUUUAUUAGUUGAAUAUUUUCAGACUCCACGAACCUGGCAAACAAACGAAUUCAUGUCUCAAAAUCAUCACCAAUCUCAAUAUGGAAAUCAAAAUUGGAUGAUGAAUAAUGGACAGGUUAGAGAAUCUAGAUUUUUCAAAAUUUUUUGUUUUGUUAUUUUUUUUUGGUUUAGUUUUGAAUUUCAAAAAAAAACCCGAGACCAAUUAUUUUCAGCAACAACAUCAAAAUAACAAUUUUCGUCGAAAUCAGGUUCAGAUCAAAGUCGAAACAAUUGGAGAAGAAUCGUGAGUUCCUUUUUAUAUUUUCUGGGUCCCUUGAAAAACUUCAAACAUCAUCCAGCCUUGUUAUUGCUGUUCCAAAGAUAACAACUGCAGAAAUGUCACGUUUUUUUUGUUUUUCAAAAAAAAAAAAUAACAUAAAAUUCGACCGACCGUAAGUCAAUAGUAAUUUUUCUCUAAAUAUUUUUCAAUUGGAACCUUGUAAAAGUUUUGUUUUGUCAGGAAAUGGCCCAAUAAAAAUUCCAUAGAAAAAGUGCACUAUUUUUAGUAAAACCUGAAAACAUAAAUUCGAAUUUACCCUGUUAUUUUUUUCAACACAACCAACCCAUUCACACACAUUUCGUUCCAAUUUUAUUUGUUUUGAUUUUUUCGCCUUUCGUGUUUUCUCUUCGUCUCUAACUCUCUCAACAACUCUGAAAAUCAAAAAAGAAAAAAACGAGUCACUUUUCGGGCUGAAAAAGAAAAACAUUUUUGUUUCCCGAUUUUUUUUCGGUUGUUUUGUUGUUUUUUUCUUUCCCCGAUGUGUGUUGUUUUUUUGUGUGAGUGAUUGUUAGGAAGAUCAAAAAAACAAUGUGACCCAACCAGUGAGAGAAACGAGACGCAGAUAUUUUUGUGCGCGAACAAAAAUAGAAUCCAAAACCGAAAAACUUACCGCAAAGUCUAAACCAAAUUAACAGAUUCCCACUACGACCAUUCUUUGUUUUGUUAUUCACAAAAGUACAAUGUCUAUCUAUCACGGUUUUCUAAUUUCCGCUGAUAAUUUGAGCUCGAACAACAAAGCAAUGGAACAUUCAGUAGAUUUUUCUUUCAGAAGCUAUCAACUUCAAAAUCAACAGCAACAGCAACAUCAAUCUAACGAUUUUAUGGAUAUGACGAGUGCAACACCUUCAGGAAUGUUAUCACCAAUUAAGGUGGGUUUAACAACAACGUGGCACCUUCGAGGCUUCCACAUGACAAAUUAAAAAAAUUCAAACUAUUUUGGACUUUUCGGUGAAUCUUACCCCGAUCGAAAAUUAGAAAUUGUCAAAACGUGAUUUUCCAAACUUCUAUAGAUAGCUUGCGAGCUCAGAUUAGCGCAAUUUUCAAACUCAUUGCAUUGAAAUUUUAAUCCUCAAAACAAAAAUUUGCCAAUUUUUUUCCUCUCAAAGUAUAUAAAUAUCUUCCCAAAUAACAACAUGGACUUGUAGUAUUACUGUAACUGUUGUUCUUUGAUAGAACCAAUUUUUUUGGCUGCGAUCUUUGUUUUUUCUCGCUCUUCUUCAAAUUAUCGAAUGCUUUUUCACAUAUUCUUUGUAGCCUUCAUUUAACUUUUAGAUUGAAUUAGAUUCAAUUUUGGCCCGCUUUCCAACCGCUUCGCACGCAAACAUUAUAUAAAUAUUGAAUUAUAUUUUUAUAUUUCUUCAGAUGGAAAUCGAUCAUCAUAAUAAUAUGUCAAGUUCCAAUUCACCAUAUCUUCUGUCAACAACAUCGCAACUUCAAACUCCUGAACAAAAACGAUCUCAUCCAAAUGUUCCAACCCGCAAAGCAUCUUUGAUGGCAUUAAAAAGGUUAGUUCAGGGUUUCAUGUUACUUUAUAUGUUUAUGUGAUAUUAUUUCAUCCACCGGGCGAAAAACAGGUGAAUUUUAAGAAUGAUUUCGUAAAGCAAAAACUGUUUGAAAAAAAUGUAUAAAGGGUGCCUGAUUUUGUUUCAUCUGUCGAGUCUCGUGACCACCCAGGAACUUGUUUCACAUUCACAUUUAGGGAAAUUUUUACACUUUGCAGGGAGAGAAAUCGAUAGGCAAUUCGAUAAAAACUUUCUAGAAAUUGAUAGGAACUUUGAAAGGGCAAAAAGACGAUUAAUAAGGAAUUAGGGCUAAAAAUAAAAUAAAGUAAAAAAGAUUUAGCAGAGCACUUUUUGACUGCAGAAAACAAAGUCAGGUAUAUUCGGCUAAGAAUUCUGGGAAUUUAUUUACGGGUUUUCAUUAUUUGGAAUCUAUUGUCAAUCACUGAAUUAUUACAGUAUACUUUGUCGGCUCUUUUGAUAUUUCUGCUUUUAGGCCAUAUUCACUUCAGGGAUUCUUCCAAGAGUCGAAGUUACUUUUAAAAAAUUUCGGUGAAGAUCAACGAGUUUCCGAAAAGUUAUCACGAAAUCUCUGAAAAUUUUGCACUUUCACUGAUAUUUCUAUCACGCCAUGCAUGUUUUUAUUUUCUGUUUCUGGAAUGUAGAUUUUUGAAUUAUGAAUUAAAGGGACUUUCAUCUGGAGAUGGCUCACAAUGAUCAAAGUUUAUUCAAAUUGUUGUUUUUCCCAUAACCGUAACCUUGUGUUGCGUAUUUCUGUUCCAUUUCAAACCACAACACAACCCAACAAUUGUAUAUUUUCGAUCAUUCAAACACAAUGUCUCACGCGUAUUGUCACCCUUUUUUUUGACAUUUUUUUGCAUCUGGUUAGUAUUUCAAUCAUCAAAAAUCAUUGCAUUUUUCUCUUCUCCGGGAAUACUUCUUGCUUGUGGCUGCUGCUGCUGCUGCUGCGUGUUGUUUUGAUUGUGUUGUGUCUCAUUGCUUCCCGUACUCUCUCCAUCACUGUUUUCCUAGUUCUUUUUUCUCAUCAUCAUCAUGUGACUUCGUUUUUCGACCUCCUUUCAUCUCCUCAAACAAAAACUGGCAAUCGUCCAAAAAGUCGCCGAACAAGAAGAAGAAGAAGAAGAAUGUGUACUUUUAUAUAUUGCAAAUGCUGGCGGCGACGCCGCGACACAAACAACCAAAAAAAAAAUGAAUCGCAGCCAUCGCCACUUUAUCUAAACAGUUUUUUUUGAUGUCGAAUGCAUUUUUGCACGUAAAUUGUGUUGCGAUUCGAUUCGCAAGGUUGUUCAUUUGAUUUUUUUAUUCGAACAUCAAUUUUUUUUAAAUUGAAAUUAUUUUGGGAAUGGUUACAGUAGGACCUCAAAUUCAUAUGGAUGUAGAUCUUCAAAAUUCUUUGAUUGAAACAUCUGAAAAUGUUAAUUUUAGAAUUUCAAGAUCUUCCACAGUUUUUUAAAAAUGUUUAAUGGUGAAUCAAAAACAUUUUUUUUCUGAAUUUUGCAGAUAAACUUCGUCAAUUCUUAUUUAAAAGAUUCAGCAAUUUUUUCGAAUAGAAAUAAAACUCAGUGAACUUCCUAAGAAAGUUUAAAGGAUCUUCCGCCUCUCCUUUUUUGAUAUUAUCUUCACUUUUGUCUAGUCUAGAUCUACAGUUUUGUAAGAUCACUUUCCUUUCGCUGUCCUUCCUCCCUCCCUCCCUCACUCCCUCAAUUUGUUUCAAGCCAACGACAAAAUUUUAUUUGCUGCCGUGUGUGUCAGCAGGCAGAUUAAACCAGAUACAUCUGGCACACAUUUUUUUGCCAGUGUUUCGAUUUUUGUUGUUGUUGCAACAUUCAACGCCACCACUAAUCCUUCGUUGAUUAGAGUGCAGAAUCACUAUCUCAUGUUGAUGACCUUGUCCUUCCCCAAUUUUAUUUCCAAAAAAGUACAUCGUUGUUUUGCAACAUGUUUUUAGUGAUACAGAAAUGAAUGUAUUUCUGUCGUUUUGUUGUUUGCCAUAAAAAUGAAAUACGUGCGAUUGGAAAUUUGAACAAAAUUGAAUUGUUAUUCCCACAAUUAAACAUUUUGUUAUUUUUCCCGACACAAAGAUCGUUUGAGGAAUUUAGAAUUUGAAGAAAAUAAUAUUUUUGCCUGGAGAAUGAAGAGAAGGGAAAAAUCUUUUUGACCCUUUCAGAAAAAAUCCAUCUACUUUUUUCCAUUAAUAAAAUGAAUGUGUCUGAAAAUAUCAUUCAUUCAUUCUGUCAUUCCAAUCAAUGUUUUCCCUUGUCUAAUAUCAAUUAGAUAGAUAGAUUUUUUUCCUGUGUGUUACACAACAAAAAUCAGUCGUUCGCAACUAUACUUUUCCAUCCAUCCAUCCACGUUUUAUAUUUUCUCAUUCAUAGCAAAAAAAAAAGAAGCGAAGAAGGAAAAAGGCCUCCAGAAAAAGACAUAAAAUCUUUUUCUUUUUGCUUUUUGCAAAAGAAAAGGGAGAGAGAAGAAAAGAGUGGAUCAGAGUUCAAACUAGAGUAGAGUUAGUUUUAAAAUUGUCUUUUUUUCCCGCUGACGCUUAGUUGGCAAUUUAGUGUCGGGUUACUAAGUUAAUAGGUCUGAGACUAUAAUUUCAAGAGCAUUCAAUGGGGUAAUUGAAAUUUUUUGAUCUGGGCUCAUUUUUUGUGUGCUUAUGCUAGACAGACGUCUCUUUGUCUGUUUCAUUUCAAUUUAUUCUUAUCUGGAAAGAAUUAAAAAUUGAAAGUGAAACUUAUAUUUGACAGCUUGAAGAAUGCAAUAUCUUAGACAGUUUUUUUGAAUUUUUAGUGCAAGAGAAUCUUAUUUUGUAAUUGUGGAUAUGAUAAUUACGAUUCUGAAAUGAACGAUUUCUAAAAGCAGCGAGCUAUUUUCAAACUUGGUCGUGGGCCUAUUUUCCAUCAAAAAUUAUCAAUCAAUCAAUUUCUGAUUAUUUUUAUGAUCGCCUCAAUGAUUCAAUUUCCGGUGCGUGGGCAAACAUUUUAGAACAGGCCCACACCUGGGCUAAUGUCACGGUUUUUAAAUUCUCAGAGAUCAUAAGUCUAAAGUAGCCGCGCCUGAAUAACCUGGUUUAUGACCAACGCAUUGAGAUCCAAUCUGGCAAGCCGCGUCUUGAGAGCUUCAAUGCCAAGCACCCAAACCUAGAUAGCCUAGUUCUCCAGCAGCCGCGCUUAGAGAUUCUGAUUUUUCAGAACAUGAGCCGAGAAGGCCAAGUUUCUACGGGCCAAAUUGAAAGAACAGUUUUGAAAUGAUCGAUCGAAAUUUUUUCUAGUAACUUUGAAAUGAAAAUACGAGUUCUGAACACAGAGUCAGUUUGCCUAAAUUUCGAUGAAUCUGAAAUCUAAUCUCAUGCAAUCCGAUUCGAAAAUUGCAUCACCAUAUUUCCUCUCCCAUGUCAAUUGCAAAAGCAUAUAAGCGAAUCCCGUUGUGUUUGUUAAAUGGCCAAAAAACAUUUUUCUAUUUUUUUUCUGUUGGCGUCGGACGUGCAAUUGCAGCAGGCGCAGUUAUUCGCGAAUCUCUCUCUCCCUCUUUCUUUUUCUCUCUUUCUUCCUAGAUUUCUCUUUCAUUUUUUUCCACAUUUUUGUUGUUCGUCGUUUUUUUCUCGUUUUGCAGCCAGCCAGCCAGCAAGCAACAUCAACAAAAUUGCGAGAGAGAGGGUGUCUCGUGACUUUCUCUAUCUCCAUCUCUCUCUCUCUCUCUUAGUUUUUAUGUAGAUCACACUACAUACAUGUUUUUUGUUGUUCUCUGCGAGUAGAAGAAGAGGGAGAAGCUGAAGCUGAAGCUUGCUUGCCUUUUUCAUCUAUGCGCACCGAAACAUGCGAGACGAUUUUUGCUCACUUGAAUACUUUUUUUUCGUUGUCUCUUUGCUUUUGUCGUCGUAGUCUAACGAGGUGCAAAUUAUUGUGUGUUCAAAAGCAGUCUGAUUGGCUAUAUUAUUUUGAAUCGAAUUGUAAUUUCAUUUAUUUUUGCGAUAGAUCUUUGUCAAGCUUUUUUUCUUGGUCAAAUCAAUUGGUGCUAAUUUUGAUUACGAGUACUAGUUUUCUACGAAUUAACCUAAUGAGCUUUUUUUAGAGAGAGAGUUGAAACAAGUUUGUUUACAAACUUUUGAAAUUUCCUAGGAAUUGUUUUGAAUUUGUUGCGAGUUUUUUUUUUUGAGAAUAAAUUCAAUAGUUUCUGAAUUUAACAUUUUUCAAAAUGACAUUUUUGCAUAGCCACAACGGUCAGAUUAAUCAGACGUAACUUCAUCGGGCCAGGCCAAAUUUCUUGAUCCGGGAUUCUAAAUUUCCUACGCUCUUUUUUUGAACUCCCCCCAGAUUGUUCCUGUCUAAAAAUAUGCACGUAUCAGACCACUUCAGACGUCCUUGUUUAUUCCAAAACACACAAGAGACCACCCAUCUAGACUUUUCAAGAACUACACACGAAUAUAUUCCUCCGUAGAUCAAAAAACCACCAUAGACUUUCUCCACUCACAAACACAACAAAUAAAGUACACUUUUUUUCGGUCGGCGAUUUGCCUCAAGUCUCUCCUUAUUAUUAUUAUUAUUUCCCGUUUCGUUUCCUUCGCUUUUUUUCCAAACCACCAAUAAACCGCAUUUUAUGUCCUUUUGCUGUUCGCGUAAACAAAAAAGCAGCGAAAAAAUGCCUCGCGCACUUUUUGUCGCUUCGUCAUCUCUAUGUCUCUCAUUUCCACGUGAUCUCUCAACGAUUUGCACUUUUUUCGUUCAACAUCAAUCAACAAAAAGGUAUUUGUCAAUGAUGAACAUUUUUCAACAAUGGUGGUCUCUCGUUCUCUUUUCUCUUCUUCUUCUUCUUUGUUAUUAUUCUUCUAGUUUUGCAAUUUUUUUUGGUCUGUUCUGUUCGUUUUCGAUUCAUUCGGUCUUUUUUUUUUCAUUUUUUGGUUCUUUUUUUUGUUGUCUGGAAAAUCAAGUUUUUCCACCACUAACUUUCGCCGUCUUCAAUUUAUUGACUGAUUCCAAUCCAUGUGUCAGCUGAUAUCUUUUUCGGCGAAGACAACAAAAAGGUCAGUCAUCGCGAGACAAAACUGAUGCAAACGUUUUUUUUUGUGGAAAUCAAAAAAUCAUACAUACAAGUGCAUUUUGAAGUUGUUUUUGUUAUUUUUGAGGUUGACAUGAUGACUGAAACAAGUUUCUUUGCUGACUGACUGAGUGAUGUCAUUUGUUUUUACAAGGAUUUUUUUUUUUGAAAAAGAAGUUCAGUCAGCGAUUUUUUGUAGUCGAGAAUUUUUGACCCUAGACGUUUCGGAGCCUUUUCUUAUCAUUUGCUCAUUUUCUUGGUAAUGUUUUUGAAAUGAAAACUGUUCCUAAAAACAUUCAGACAUUUUUUUGUUAGGACCUAACUUUCGAAAAAUUUUUUGGCUUCUUUCAGAAGUUUGGUAUCUGAUUUUAAAACAUGAUCCAAUUCUGAAUUUUUAAAAAAUUGAAUCUGGGUUAUUCUGAUUUUUUCAUAGGGCUACCCUGAAAAUGAACCAGAGAUAUUGAAAAUUUAGUCUCCUACUAACCUCUGGCCCAAUUUCGAUUUUCCCAAAGAGUGGUCUUGCAAAAUCUUGAUCUGUUUUCAUUUAUUUUUAUCAUCCCCCUCUCCGAUCAAAGUGAUUCAUAACAAUAAAAUGAAUCAGUCUCAUCUGUUUUUCCUCGUCUUCUAUUUUUUUGCCACGCCUCUCGAACUUUGUCUUGUUUUUCUCAUCAAAAAAUUCAUUCAUUAAAUGAUAGAUAGAAGGUCAAAGUUUACGAAAACAUCAGAAAGCACACCUUCUUGUUCUAGUUCCUUGUUGAAAUCGAAUCGUAUCGACACAAAAACAAGCAACUUAAAUGUCUAUCGUUCUCAAUCAUAAUUGUCUGUUGCUCUUUCUGCUGCAAAACUCCGUCCGGGGUCUCCCUUUUUUCCUCUCUUCAUUUUUUCUGCUUUUUGUAUCUAUAGAUGGUGUUCAAAUUUGCCCUCUUUAUAAAAUAAUAUGUUUUUUCUACACACACGCACACAUACAUUUUGAUAGAUAAUAAUAGAUAACGUGAUAUUCAUUAUGAUUUUUUCUACACUUUUUUUGUGGUUGAGUGGGAGGACAAAAAGAACUGUGAUAAUUUCAUUUCUUUUUGUUUUCAGCCAACUUCGUACACCGCGAAGUGCAUUUCAUCAUUUCAAGCCGAAGCUUGCCAAUUCGCCACUUUCGUCCAAUUUAACACAAGUCGGCGGAAUACCGUACACACCGCCGCCAAUCCUGGCGCCAAUGAGAAACGGUUCUGGACUUUUUUGCUCGAUCGCCAAGAACAUCAAGACCGAGGUUAGUUUUUUUCCCCAUUUUUUUUUGGAAUUUUUAGCUCCAAUAUCAAUUCAAAAAAAAUCUUCAAUAUUUAAAUUCAGAUCACCAAUGUGCCAAGUUGUAGUAGCCUUGAUGAAAACAACAAAAUGAUUUUGGCAAAUGAAAAGAAAAGAAGUGAAGAUGGAGAUGGACCAUCGAGAAAAAAUGGAUUCUAUAUUAAGCAAAUGAAUCAAGUAAGUUCUGCAAAAUUUUUUUGUACCGGCCAUUUUUGAUAAGAAGCCCAUAUUUUUUGCACAUUUUUUGUUUGAGUGAUAAGGAAAAGAAUAUGUAACGACGAAGUAAACAAGUCGGUAGACGGGUUGAUUAAAAAUCAAAAAAACAACACUCGAGACGAGAAAAAAUCCAGUUUUUAUAGUAGUCAUUUUAAAUUCACAUUUUCAGCCAAGUUUUGCCGACGAACUUGAACAAUUACGCAAAGAAUCAGGCGCAUCAACAUCAUCUUCACAAGGCGAAGAACGACAGAAUUUGUUGAUUCAAAAUCAACAAAACAUGAAUCCACGUGACAGUAAUCAUUUAUCGAUUCCACAACGAAAACAAUCUGUGGAUCCAUCGGAGAUUUUGAGAAAAGCUUCAUGUUUGUCAGAGUGCUACUAUGAUUUUCAACCGGAAAAUGGUGGACCACAUAUUUCUGAUCCAAAUCCGUAAGUUUUUAUUUUAUUUUCCAUUACAAAUCUUUAAUUAGUACCAUUUUAGACACAUAAAUAUUGGACGAGAAUAUCAAGCACGAGUUCGGAAAUGGAAUGAUCGAGAAGUUCAUGACAGUGAAUUAGAAGCAAUUGAAGAUCGAGAUGAAUGUGUUUUCAAUUGUGAUGUUCUUAAUGACAUUGACCCUGAUCAAAUCACCGCAUUCGAACUUCUUGCAAAUAGUCAGGCUUGUAGAAAAGCUGGAUCUAAUAAAGAAUUUGCGAUUCAUCUUUUGAUGGAAAAUAAUGGAAAUAUUGAAGCUGCUGUUGAAGAUCUUCUACGAUGUGAUACUCUCGAUUGGCGACAAUAUCCAAGUAUUUUGAAUCAUCUUUAUAAUGAUUGUGCAAUGUGGACACCGGAUGAAGUAUUCGCAUUUCAAGAUGCUAUUUAUAAAUCGGAGAAAGAUUUUUAUGUUGUUGCCAAUGAGUUGCCUGGAAAAACAGUUCGUGAAUGUGUUCAGUUUUAUUAUACUUGGAAAAAGGUGUGUCCAGAUGAUUAUCGAAAAUUGAGAAAUUUGCGAAGAAAACGACAAUUAUUGGAGAUUAACAUGAAAAUGGAAGAUGUUCCAAUUCCAAUGAAAAAGUGUAGUUUGCAAGAAUCAAUUGAAUCCGAUGUUGAAUCGGUUGCUACUGAUGGAUCUGGUGCUAUGGAUACUUCUGCCGCCCCACAACCAUUCAGAGAUCGAGCUUUUACAUCACCAAUUAUGAGUUCACCAAGAGAUACACCUUUGGUUGGAUUAUCACCAAUUGCAGCGAAAGAUUUGUUUGGUGGAAUUCAGAAGAAUUAUCAGCCAACUGCACCAAGACAUCAUCAUACACCAUCAACAACAACAAAAAAAGGAGCACAACCAAGUGCUGAUGGUUUCUUCCAUUGUCGAUUAUGUGAUAAAUGUUUCGAAAAAGUCAAAUCACUCAACGCUCAUAUGAAAUCGCAUGCAAUGAAAGCAAGAGCUGAACAAGAAGCAAAAUCACAUGAAGCACAACUUGCUGCAACUGCGGCUGUUCAACUUGUCAACAGCACACCAUCUCCGCUGAAUCCAUUUGCCAAUAAUAAUUUGGGCAUCUCAAUUCCAUCAACACUCGGAAGUUUGACACCGCAGCAAUUGACUCCUCAACAAUUGAAUUUGAAUCUGCAAAUACAGUCGCAGUUGAACUCGUUGAGUUCACAAUUCAAUUCGCAACUCAAUUCACCGCUGACACCGCAGCAACAAUUACAAAUUACACAACAGCAAUUGAUGGCAAGAAUGCAGCAGGUACAGUAUUUUUUUCAAUUUCUAGAAGCUUGAGAAUAAUUAUAAUUUUUUCAGAAUUUGUUUGCUGCUUCUCCAGUAACUGGAAAUGCAGGUGCAACAGCUGCUGCUGCAUUGUCUGGAAUUGCCCAACCGCAUGCCCAGCAUCCCCUUCUUCAAGCAGGUCUACAUUCUAUCCACUAG